AUGUGGCAAUGUCAUAGCGUGCAUGUUGUCACCUAUAGAAAUCAAAAAAUUGUCCAGAAAGGAGAAGACUCAAAUCCAACAGACAUUAUACUGCAGCAUCCAGACUUCACCGAUAAGCCUGUGCUCACUAAGUACGGCCAUACCGCACCUGGAGAAGGUAGCGGAAUGGACGAGAACCCCAACACUCGAUCCGCGGCUCAGCCCCAGGGGAGCCAGAAGACUCAAGCUGGAGGUUUGCAAACUAGUACAGUUAAGACACCGGUGACCGAGCCUAAGGCAAAUGACACAAAGGGCAAGGAGGAAGAGAGCGGCAUUGAAAAUUUCCAACCAUAG